GGAGCCGCGCCCCGCCCCGCGCGGCCACAGCCAAAGCCAGCCCCGGGCGGGCGCCGGGAGCCCCGGCCGGAAGGCAAGCGAGGCGCGGGGAGUCCGCCGGCCGCGACCGCGCAGGGACCAGGGAUCCGAUUGCCUUCCUUGACAUUAUAGCAUCCACAGAAGAAAGGGCAGGGCGUACGUCUCAGUCUUCCUUUAGGCUGGUUACUUUGGUGGACACAGACUUGUCACUGCAGUGUAGAUCCCAACCAUCAGGCUGUCUUUCUCAAGUGUGAGGUUGACAGAGAAAACGGCAAAUGACAUCAAUGACCAGGUGUCCGUAUAAAGCAGCUGAUUUGGAAAACGGUUCCUUUGAGGCCUGUUUGGGUGAGAAUCACUGAGAUCACAAAAAAGGAAGCAGCUGAUGUUCUUGAGUGAGAGAAGCAGUAAAUAGAGGAGGAGGAAGAGGAGAAAGAGAGGAAGAAAAAAAAUUCGUGAUUAAGAAAGGUUGAAAAUCGAGCUUUCCAAGCAGAAGCAAAACACAACUCCUAUUGAUGUACAAAGAACAAAUGAGCUGACCCAGUCUGUGUUUUCACGGCAGACAUACCAGUUUGACCUGCCCAGCCUGGGAGGUCAGGAUGCCGCCCCUCUGCCACGUUCUAGCUGUGACCAUCCUUCAGAUCUCGAUCCUCUCAGAAAACUGGGCGUUUGCCAAGAACAUCAACUUCUACAAUGUGAGGCCCCCUCUUGAUCCCACACCGUUCCCAAACAGUUUCAAGUGUUUUACUUGUGAAAAUGCAGGGGAUAAUUAUAAUUGCAAUCGAUGGGCAGAAGACAAGUGGUGUCCACAGGACACACAGUAUUGUUUGACAGUUCAUCAUUUCACCAGCCAUGGAAGAAGUACAUCCAUCACUAAAAAGUGUGCCUCUAAAAACGAAUGUCAUUUUGUUGGCUGCCGCCACAGCCGAGAUUCGGAACACACGGAGUGCAGGUCUUGCUGCGAAGGAAUGAUCUGCAAUGUAGAGUUGCCCACCAACCACACGAAUGCCGUCUUUGCUGUCAUGCAUGCGCAGAGGACAUCUGGCUGCAGUGUCCCUGCACCCUACCUCCCAGUGCUGGCGUGGAUCUUCAUGCUUCCCUUGCUAUGAUGUUGCUGUGCCCAGGAGAGGUGAGACCAGCAAUGCAAAAGCACAACGCAGAAACAGUGGAUGGGUGAACACUGGAGCAGAGUCCCAUCUUGCACUUGAUAAAGAGGAUAUGUUGGACCCCAAAGAAGAGGGCAAAGGUUUACUCUGCUGAAAUGCUCCUGCAUGAGGUCACAGCACUGAGCAUGAGGACUUGGUAGAAAACAAGAGGACUACCUAAUGUCCAGUGUCCUGCUAGGGGUGCUGCCUCCUGUCAGUUCUGUUGGAGGCUCCUGCCAGCAUUGUUCCUGGUCAUAGUAACUUGAUAAGCCCUGGCCUGAUCAGACCUUUACCUGGAAGGACUUUUUGACCUCAUGGACUCUCUUAGAGGCUGCUGGGUCAGACUCUCUGGUUUCUGUGGUUAGCUCAGAGCAUCUCUGUGAAAUUUAACCCUUUUACCCAUGGGAGAGCUGUUUCUCUACUGUGUUAGCUUCUCAGUAUUGUAACAAGUACCUGAGAUGAUCCAUUUAUGAAGACUGGACUCAAAAUUUUGGAGAUCACAGUACAUACUGGUUUGGGGCUUGUGUUAGAGAGUGAAUAGCCACUCCCUCAUAAUAGAAAUUUGAAAAGGAGAGAGGAUUGGAUGGAGAGAUGGCUCAGCAGUUAGGAUUGAGGACCCAGGUUUGAUUCUCAGCACUCACACUGCAGCUCACAGCUGUUAACUCCAAUCCCAGAGAACCCAGUGCCCUCUUCUGGUCUCUGGUAGUACUGCAUACAUGUGGUACAUAGCCAUACAUGCAGGCAAAACGCCCCUAUACGUAUUUCUUUUAAAUAAAGGGAAAGGAAGGAAAAGGAGAGAGAAGUGGGGGGUGGGAGAAUGUGCACGUAGGAUUCUACAGUACCCUUUAAGAUCAUGUUUCUCAUGUCCUAAGUCCCCCUUCUAGCCCCCAUACCCUAAAGGCUCAACCAGCCCCUUAAUGGUACCAAUGGGCUGAGGACCAAAAACUUUCACCUUCUCACAGUCAAGAUCCAAACAGCAGUACCCACAAACUACCUAGUCAAUGAAAAAGGCAGCGGUAGGAGGGAAUUUUCCAGUUGGAAUCCUCUGAAUCCAUUUGCCCAUUAUGAGGUGGUUGGGGGGAGGGUGUAAAACUUUGGGUUAUGUAGCACAACGCAUGCUGUGUGUUUCUUGACCAUGUGGAGGCCUCCGAUGAAGCACAUUUACCAGUGUCACUACACCUGUGUUUCCAGGCACCGUGGAUGAUACAUGUUGUCAGAAAGAAUAAAAUUUUAUGCCAGUGUGGCUUGGUUUUCUUGUUUCUC